GAAGAAAUCAACCAAAAAGCACUUCUUCCGAUUCAAACAACACUAGAUCUCCGAUCAUACACAUACACACCCCAAAGAUCCAUCAAAGAUAUGAGCAAACCGAUGACCGACUCAGAGGUGAUCUCUGAAAUGAAGAAACUCGUGGCCUUUAUCAAACAAGAAGCCAUGGAGAAAGCUCGCGAAAUCAAAGUCAAAGCCGACGAAGAAUUCUCGAUCGAAAAGGCGAAGAUCGUUCGUCAAGAGACCACCAGCAUCGAUGCGCUCCAUGCCAAGCGUCGCAAACAAGUAGAAGUCCAAAAACGAAUUACCCAAUCUACGCUGAGCAAUAAGGCCAGACUCCAACAGCUACAGAUGCGAGACCAGCUCCUCCAGGAUGUGUUUGAGGAGGCCAAGAAAGGCUUGUCUGACUUGACGACUGAUCAAGACAAGUAUCGAGGGAUCCUCGAAAACCUUACUCUUCAGGCUUUGUUUUCUCUGAUGGCUAAAGAUAUUGUGGUCUCUGUUCGACCGCAAGACCGCGAGCUUGCCGAACCCGCCAUCUCGAACGCGAUCCAAAGAUUCAAAGAGGAGUCGAAGAUCGAUUGCACUCUGACGGUCAAUGAAGACCUUUCUAAAGACUCGAAAGGAGGCGUGGUGGUUUGGGGCUUCCGCUCGAGGAUCAAGGUCGAUAAUACGCUCGACGAACGGCUCCGAUUGUUGGAAGAAAAAAUGUUGCCGGAGAUCCGGACUACCUUGUAUGGCAAAAACCCUAACCGGAAGCACGAAACAUGAAGCUCAGUGUCUGCCAACUGAGUCUAUACACUUUGGCCUUAUAAUUACCUCAACAAGUGUCCUCUUUUAAUCACAUUCAGACGUCUCUUCUCAUGUUGCCAUGUCACCUUUUUUUACAAACUUUGAUGUUCUUUUUUUUGUACUUUAUUAUUUUAGUCUCAGCUAUCUCCAUCUUUUUACCGUUUGGUUUCUCUCUUUCUCUUUGUUUUUUUUUCUGGGUAAUCUACCUAGAAUUGUGAAAUUG